CGUCUAUCUUCUGAAGGUGACAGCAGCUGGCAGGGCUCGUCCACUUCAGCCUAGUUAGCAUUUAACAUAUGGCUACAGGAGAGCGCCCUCAUUAGCAGGCUUUUCCCCUGGAGCUCUGUACUCUAGGCUGCUCCACACCCUUCUGCUCACCCUAGGCUAAUAAGGUCGGGGUGCACAUGGACUGUUUCUUAGCCCUUUCCCUAAGGGCCAGGGAAGACAAGGAAUUGCUUGGCAGCCGAGAUAUGCGGGGAGUGGCAGGGAUGAGCAGAAGUAGGAAAAGCGGCAGCACAGCAAGCAGCAGGCCACUUUCUGGGCACAGUUACUAAGGCAGGUGACCUGGUGAGGAGGAUUCUUAGGACCAGGCUGGAGCUGCCUGCAGCCAUCCGGGGACUUGGUCUGUACCUCUUGGCCUCCCCUCCUUCACAAACACUGAAAGGGGCAACUUGCCCAGACUGCCAGUGACUAAAUGCACUCCAUGGCAUCUUAGCAACUUGAGCCUCUGUGAGCAGCAAGAAAUCCAGAGCUUUCUGGUAGAAAACCCAGGAUGCAGCAUGCAACUUUCCCUUAUACUCCAGGGAAACAGAUAAAAGACAAGGCAAGAAAGGAGGUGGAGAAGAUGGGUGGUCUGAUUCACUGCAAUGUGGCGAAUAAAGAGGAUACAACGCAGAGUAUACCAGCGCCCAAGUGGUCAAAAUGGCAGCGGUGUGGGGAAGAAUGAGGAACUGCGUCUUUAUCACCAUCUCUUCGACAACUAUGACCCAGGAAGCCGGCCAGCACGGGGGCCUGAGGAUACUGUCACCAUCAGCCUCAAGGUCACCCUGACGAAUCUCAUCUCGCUGAAUGAAAAAGAGGAGACUCUCACCACCAGUGUCUGGAUUGGAAUCGAUUGGCAGGAUUACCGACUCAACUACAGCAAGGAUGACUUUGGGGGCAUAGAAACCCUGAGAGUCCCUUCAGAACUCGUAUGGCUGCCAGAGAUUGUGCUGGAGAACAAUAUUGACGGCCAGUUCGGCGUGGCCUACGACGCCAAUGUGUUGAUCUACGAGGGCGGCUCCGUGACGUGGUUGCCUCCGGCCAUCUACCGCAGCGUCUGCGCCGUGGAGGUCACCUACUUCCCCUUCGACUGGCAGAACUGCUCGCUCAUUUUCCGCUCCCAGACGUACAAUGCCAAAGAGGUGGAGUUAACCUUUGCCGUAGACGACGAUGGUGAGACCAUCAACAAGAUCGACAUCGACACUGAGGCCUAUACUGAGAACGGCGAGUGGGCCAUCGACUUCUGCCCGGGGGUGAUCCGCCGCCACGACGUUGGUGCCACCGACGGCCCAGGGGAGACUGACGUCAUCUACUCGCUUAUCAUCCGACGGAAGCCGCUCUUCUACGUCAUUAACAUCAUCGUGCCCUGCGUGCUCAUCUCAGGCCUGGUGCUGCUCGCCUACUUCCUGCCUGCGCAGGCCGGCGGCCAGAAAUGCACGGUUUCCAUCAACGUCCUGCUAGCCCAGACCGUCUUCUUGUUCCUCAUUGCCCAGAAAAUCCCCGAGACUUCUUUGAGCGUGCCGCUGCUGGGCAGAUACUCAUGGGCUGCGGCCACGGAGAGUUCCAGGGAAGACAGAAGCGGGGCUGGAGGGCCACCUGGAGGAGGAGCAGGGUUCCUUAUUUUCGUCAUGGUUGUUGCCACACUCAUUGUCAUGAAUUGCGUCAUCGUGCUCAACGUGUCCCUGAGGACGCCCACUACACACGCCAUGUCCAUGCGUCUGCGCCACGUUCUACUGGAGCUGCUGCCGCACCUGCUGGGGUCCCCGCCGCCGCCCUCCGAGCCCCCCCGGGCUGCCUCGCCCCCAAGGCGGGCAUCGUCGGUUCGCUUAUUGCUCCGCGCGGAGGAGUUGAUACUGAAAAAACCGCGGAGCGAGCUUGUGUUUGAGGGACAGAGGCACCGGCACGGGACCUGGACAGCUGCCUUCUGCCAGAGCCUGGGCGCCGCCGCCCCCGAGGUCCGCUGCUGUGUGGAUGCCGUGAACUUCGUGGCUGAGAGCACGAGAGACCAAGAGGCCACCGGCGAGGUGGGACGGGAGCCAGAGACCGGUAGUACGCAGCAGAUCUCCCGUGCCCCUGGCUCCAGCUCCCUCUUUACUGUGCUGACCCUUCCCCAGGAAGUGUCCGACUGGAUGCGCAUGGGGAAUGCCCUUGACAACAUCUGCUUCUGGGCUGCUCUGGUGCUCUUCAGCGUGGGCUCCAGCCUCAUCUUCCUCGGAGCCUACUUCAACCAAGUGCCUGAUCUCCCCUACCCGCCGUGUAUUCAGCCUUAGUGUACACUGAUUUCAACUUCCCACCCAACUCUAGCAGGAAAUGGAUUUUGAAAAAAUCAAUUUCAAAAUCACAGCAUUAUGAUCCCUUCCCA